AUGUUCGUUCUGUCUCGUGAGGAGGCCACGGGCGGGGCAGCCGCCGAGAACGCCGCGCCCGCUGCGGGCCUCGGCGAGGGCCCGCCGGCGUCCGAGGCCAGGGCCGCGCUGCUGCCGGAAGCCGCGGCGCCGACGGAGCUGGCGGCGCCUCCAGGGGCUCUCGCCGGUGGUGCGAGCCAGGCGCCGGUGACGGCCCCAGGGGGAGCAGAGGCCACAGCCGCUGCGUCGCCUGAGGCCGCGCCCGAGCCCGCCGCGAGCGCCGGCCCGGCGCCGGUGCGGGAGGGCGCGGCGCAGGCGGAGUGCGCCGCGCCAGCCGUGUCGGCGGCGCCUGCGGCGGAGGCCGUGGCCACCGCGUCUCUGGAGGCCGCGCCCGGGGCCCCAGCACCAGUGGAGCGGCCGGCGCCUCUCGAGGCCCCCGCCGCGGGCGCCAGCGCUGCCGCAGCGGCUGAAACCGUGGGGCCAGAGGCCGCCUCCGCCGCCGCGGAGGUGGCCACGGCCCCUCAGCCUGGAGGUGCGGCGGCUGCCGCCGUUGCCGGAGAGGCGGAGGACGCUGCCGGCGCUGUAGAUCCCUACCUGCAGCCGGGGGAUGCCGUGGAGGCGGUGGCGGACCCUUACGCACCACCAGAUGCCGAUGUGGACCCGUACCUGCAGCACGUCGAGCACACGGACGCUGCGAGCGGCGGGGACGAUCCGUACCCGUGUGCCCCGGUGGACCCCUACCUGGAGGCGCC